AUGCGGAGGGAGAAAGAUGUACGUGACCACUUGAAGGCCGUAUAUGGGACACUGAGUGUUGGCCUGGCAGCUGCGGCUAUUGGGGCAGCUUUACAUAUACUAACUGAUAUGUUUCGAUCAAGUUUUUUACUUUCAUUGGCUCCAAUUGGUCUUAUGAUUGCACUUUGCACGACGCCGCAUAGUGCGGAAAAUGAAAGGAAAAGAUUCUUUUAUUUCCUUGGUUUUACCUGUCUUACCGGUAUAAGUACGGGUCCAUUGAUAGAGCAGGCGAUUUCUGUCGAGCCAUCAAUCAUAAUGACGGCAUUCUUGGCCACUGCAGUUGUUUUUGGCUGUUUCACAAUGGCUGCGCUUCAUGCGCCUUCAACUAAAUAUCUUCACCUCGAAGGUAUACUGAUGUCCUCGAUGACUCUGCUGCUUAUCACUGUAUUGUUCUCUCGUUCUCCUCUGGUUGACGCUAUAUGUUUGUGGUUUUCUUUUGGUAUCAAUUGCGCCCUCAUCCUUUAUGACACACAGAAGAUUUGCGAAAAGCGCCGCCAUGGUGACACCGAUUAUAUAUGGCACACUAUCGAUCUCUUCCUGGACUUUGUCAAUCUUUUCCGACACAUUUUAACAAUCCUGAAGGACAAGGAGGUAUUCAUUACGGGAGUUCUUGCUCCUACGAAUGAUACUUUGUUGAUUAAAAGGGCUGGCGUUGUAUUGUCGAUAAUAAAAGAAUUUAUUUACCAUGUGAGUGUUGGCGUUUUACCUUCCAAUUGGUUUUUUGCAUUUGCGAAGUCAGGCGCUUCCUGUCUUUGUGGUCACAAAUUAUGGCUGAUUGCAAUGACUCACAGUAUUAUGCUUCCACUGGAGUAUUUAUUCAAAAAGUUGAGAAACGGCUUCUUCAUAUUUAUCCCGUGGCUGGAGGAGCGGAUGUUUAUUCAAUUUCAAGCUGAGAUGGCAGAAGAUUCUAUUUUUCGUUCUCGAAUAGCGUGA